AUGGUUUGUUGCAGCUUCAUAGGAACCAUCAUUGUCGUGCUUUCGGCACUCGUGUCGCUGGCGUUGCUCAUCGCCAGUAACGUCGGUACCAUUGGGGAGCAGGCCGCCAAGAGCUCCAUCUUCUUGAUGGAGCUCAGCAUGUCCGGGCUGGACGUGUCCAAGCUCUACCCUGGGGGUGCCGAUGUGAAGCCCUCCGAGCUGGGGUUUGCAGAUGCGUACAUCUUUGGGAUGUACGGCUACUGCCGGGGCAGCCAGGGCACGACGGAGGUGGUCGACAAGGUGUGGGAAAACAUCCACUUCACGUCCUCCUCGUGCACGCAGUCGUCCAUCACUUACGAGUUCGACCCGGUCUCGUUCAUCGUCGACGAAGUCAACAAUCACAACACCGUCGGCAUCAACAUCACCGCCGCCGACGUCACUCUCCCGGGCUCGCUCAACAAGUACAUCAAGACUGCCGAACACAUCUCGCAGGUCAUCUACAUCUGCUCGAUCAUUGCCAUCUGUCUGACGAUCGUGGCGAUUCUCUGCGAGUUGCUCUGCUGGUGCUUCGGCAGCAUGGUCAUCGUGCUCUUCUUCCAGACACUCGCCUUCUUUGCAGCCAUCAUCUCCUCGGGCUGCGCCACAGGCGCCUUUAAGUACAUCGAGACCGAGUUCAACAAGAACGGCAGCACCUUCGGCAUCCACGCCAAGCUCUCGAGAAACUACCUCGUGCUCACCUGGGUCGGCACCGGCGUGUCCUUGCUGACCGUCUUCCUCGUCAUGAUCGGCCGUUGCUGCUUCGCUCCACGGCCGGCUCCCGCCCCAACCUACGACCGUGUCCUCUGA